AUGAGCUGGUACAUCGUUUGUGUUUUUCACUCUGGUCGCAGGAAGCCGAGCGAGGUGCUUGAACCGCACAGGCGUCGGGCGGUGGUGGUUUGGACUGUGUCGGUGGUCGCCAUCUUCGCAUAUUCCGGCUGGCUAUGCUACAAAGCAGCGGAGAAGGCGAAGGCGCCCGACACGUCUUUCGUAUUGACGAACGAGGUAUACAAGUUCCCCGACCUCUGGAUUUGCCUGUUCGUGAACUAUGGCUGCGACGAGUGGGAACUCGAGGAAGGGUGCGUGGAUUCUGCGUGGAUGACCGAGGGGGGCGUACCGGACGCGGUGUUCUACCCCAGAGUCAAAUUGGACCAGCUACAAGAAACAACGACCGAGGAACUACAAAUCGAAGCUAUCCCCGAAAACACCGAUUAUGACAGCGAGGGAAACUACGUGGAGGAUGGGAGAGGCCAGUGCGUGAUUUUCAAGACGUCGGCUGCGACUACCUUCGUUGGACAAGAACGGGAUCCCCACGAGUACCUGGACUACGUCCAUUUGGAUCAGAUGUACUGGUACCCCGGCGGCAAAUUUGGAAACUCUACGACGUGCGUCGUUGACGGGGUCGAGUGGGCUGACCACAGGGAGUGGGUAUAUGGCUUCCUGAGCGACCCCGAGGACCCCGCAGCGAUUUCAACAGGAUUUCCGUUGUCCUACAGCUGCAUCACGAACACCUCCAACACCCACAUCUUCAACACGCUAGGCAUUGGGCUUACCAACCAGAACAAGUUCAUGGAGGAUGACAUUUCAUCGUACAAGGCGCUAUUUACGAACUUUGGGGUUCACAAGAAUACGGUGAACCCAAACGUUACCAUGCCGUACGCCCACCUGUCUCUGGAGAUGAAGCAGCAGGCUGACUCUUGGGAGAUCAUCACAGAGUCCAAUCCGUACGAAUUCGCCGAGAUGUUCGGUAACAUUGGCGGGUUUUGGGAUCUUCUUCUUAUACUGUGGCCCUUAUGCUUCGUCGCGACCACUCAACAAGAUCCCCACCUCAAACCUCGCACCUUCAAGAAGUCAGUCAUCAGGGGGGCCGAACGCGCGGCGGGUGUUACCAAAGUGAUAGCGCGUGCGGCGCCGAUAAGACACUCCAGUUCAAUGACCGCAACGCCCGCAGUAGAUGGAUUCGAAGAUCAAGAAGUAGUGCCCGCGUGGGAGGGACAACCUGUGCAAAAACAGCGGCCCCUCCAAUUAGCCACCAACUGGCAGGACGCGCGCCGCUCUUGA